AUGGCCACGACAAUUACGGACGUGAUUCCAAACGCAGAAGAUAUCGAACGUUGGGGAAUCGGAGUAGUGUUCGACGAAGAUGGGCCAGAUCUGUCCUCCUGCGGGAGCAGCCCCUCGGGAGACUCAAGUAUCAACCUCGGCCCAGAGAAGGUUGGGUUGACGUCGAUAGAGAAGGAGUCCGGUAUCCCAUCUUCGCCAUUCCGUCGUUCAGGCGCACCAUCCCCGGAGUCGCCGGUCAAAGGUACGGCCGUAUCAGGCAACCUGUUAUUGUCGGCGAAGGAAACGCCAGAGAUCCCACAGUCUGGUGGGACAAUGCCAAGAACCCCGGAAGUCGAGUCUGGCAGUAGCCUUUCGACAACGACGUUUGCUAGGCCGAUCAAUUCGUAUCAGGCUUACCCUCAAGUCCACGGAAAGCGAGCACUGGUUCUUCUAGACGACGAAGAUCAAGGUGACGAUGCGGAGGAUGCUGCGGGUGCGGAGGAUGCCGGGGAUGCGGAGGAGGUUGGACCCGAAAACGAUGGCUCAGUUAUCGUAGGCCUGAGAGAACUUCCAAGGGGUAAUCGACAAAGAAGAAUCAGUCCCUCGCCAUCAUCGGCCCUGGUCGGACCAAAGUCUCCAGAGAUGCCGCAUACGAUGGAGCGGUACCUUGCCUCAACGGAUGACCGUGAGCUGGUGGAAGCCCAAAUACAAGUCAAUCCGAAGGAAGACGCAGAGGAGCGACUUGAUGCUGUACUCGAGGAAGAGGAAGAGGUUCCGGUUGUGCUUUCACGAGCUGCUUCUCCGGCCCCGGCCCUGCCCGAUGCGACCUCCGUCGGGGCGAGUGUUGAUGUGGCUGAAGUAGAGGGUGCCAACGAGCUCGUCGCAGAUCCUGCUGAGCAUGGCUUCGCAAACCAAGACCGACCAAUAUCCGUCGGUUCGAUACAUAGUGCCGGUGACUCCGCCGUCGAGGAUCUGGAAGCAAAUGAUAUCUAUCAACGACUAGCGGAAGCCCGCAGGAUUCGCGAGGCCAAUAUGGUCCCUAUCGGCCGCCACAACAGCGAACCUUCAGCAGCCCAACCCGAGCUUCGUUCCCACUUCACAGCGCUGUUGACGACGAAGAAUGGUCGCAAACCACCUCGACUCAAUUCCCCUCCACCUCGAAUUCCUCACCUCCGUCUCCCGGUUGCGACACCACGGCCAUGUCCAUGGCGCCGUGCGAGCUCGAGCUCCAUGUAUAGCCGCGAAAACAAGAUCAUGCGCAAGCUUCUCGGCAAAGUCACUGCCGACAGCAGCACCGAUACGAACCACACGAUAGGCAUCACCAGCGCGCCGCACUUCCAGACCUCCUACCGACCCAGCGCCUCCCAAAACGCCGUCUACCCCGUCGGCGUUCCGAUUCUAUGCCUCGACACCUCGCCCGAUCGCCGCACUGCCAUUAUCGCCGGUAGACAUGUCCUCAAGACGGUCGUCUUUGACGGACUUUCUAUUAGCGAGGGCAUCGAUGUUCGCGCAGCCAUCACAGCCCACUCGAGCAAAGGCGCAUCGGGCUCCCUGACAGCCGACAAACUCUCCAUACGAGACGUCAAAUGGCACGGUGACUCGACGAUAUUCACGGCUUGCGCAAAUGGAAACAUCUUUUCGUACGACCUCGCGAGAAUCACCACAGGCAGCACUGCUCUGGAGUUCGUCCAGACGAGGGAGGAUUCCCGCCAGGUCAACUCGCUGGACAUCAAUCCCCACCGCCAAACAACCCUUCUUUCUGGAAGUCAGGAUGGAAUGGUGCGGUAUUUCGACAUUCGCGCUCCCGUGCAGAGUAGAUCUGGCGGCUUCACGUACAGCCCGCGAGGCGCCUACAAGUGCAACGCAGACGGGGUUCGACAGGUCAACUGGUCACCCAAGGAUGGCUUCUACUUCGCCUGCGGAACCGAGUCGGGCGUGGUGUUGAAAUGGGAUGUGCGCAAGAUCGCGCAGCCAUUACUGAAGAUCCCAGCACACGACAAGGCAUGCGCCUCUAUAUCGUGGCAUCCCGAUGGAAACCACCUCAUCAGCGGAGGGUGGGACUCUAAAUGCGCCGUUUGGGAUAUGUCCAAGAACGCAGACAAGCGACAGAAGCCCCGAUGGCUCAUACAUACACCCGCGCCGGUGUCUGCGGUAGCCUGGCGGCCUGGGUUGUGGUCGGCGAGUGCGCAAGGAAAACGCGCUGCCCAGGUUGCCGUCUCCUAUGACGAUGGAAGUCACAAGCGCUACGGAAUUAACAGCGUUCAUAUCUGGGACUUGGCGAGGCCAUCAAUGCCUUACAAGGAAAUCGACUGCUUCGAUUUCUCACCGUCGGGCCUGCUGUGGCAAGAUCAGGAUCUUCUCUGGACAGUUGGUAACGAUGGACUUUUCAACCAAUGCGACGUCGCCUUCGCUCCGAAAGUACUAGACCGGCAGUCAGUAUCCAGCAUGGCUCUGUCCGCGCGCGGUGAUGCCGUCAUGUUUCUAGAUGAGAGACCGCAUUAUCGCCCUCGACCACCAAUCAUUCAUCCUCACCAAUCCAGCGUCGUACCGCCGAGAACGUCUUAUAGCUCGAGCCCGACAACGCCGAUGCUCAGCAUCAGUCGAAGCGACUCUGAAGAGGACGUUGUUGGAAGUUUUCUAGGCCCCCGCCGAAGGAUCGGCCGGAAACGGAGGCACAGCUUGCGAUCUAUCCCUGUCCUGAGCACAACACCACCUUCUGGACCGAGCCUGGGCGAAGACCAAGUCCUCGGUCUAGAGCAAGCUAUCAAGGUCACUGGAACCUACAAGACACAGCAGGCCAUGGCUGUUGGACAUGUGCCAGCUGCGGCAAGAGUCGAUAUCUACCAGUUUCUCUCGAGUUAUUACCUCGAAACUCUGGAGCAAGAGCUGCCUAACAUAAACGGCGGCAAGUCCCUGGCCAAGAGGGUUGCUUCCAUCAUGGAGCAGUAUGCUCGUGCGGCAGAGCAGGUCAAUCAGUUCCGUCUGGCGCAGACAUGGCGCAUCCUGGCAUACUCCAUGAACCUGCUGUUGGACAGGAGAGCGCAGUAUCAUCUGGAAACUCGCCUAGGCCACUUCCAGAAGAGGCCGUCACUUCCCAAGAUUAAAGAUCUGCCAAAGGUCAAGGUAGCAAGGUCUCUCGGCGUGGUCGUAGAGAUGAACGGCGAGGAAACCCCCAGGCGUCCCUCAACGGCCGUCGUUUCCAACAGCAUGGAUAGCAAAUCUCUUAGCGUACGGUCCCUGCUGUCCGAUGACAUCGAGAGCACGUCGAAUGUGGCCACACCCAUAGCCAGGGCGAUCAACGAGGAGCAUGCGGAACAGGGUGGCUACCCAUCGGACGCGAGACUGCCGCCGGUCAUGGAGUCGGAUAGCUUUGCUUUGCCCCCUGCUGCUCACAGUACGUUUAACAACAGUCCACGCAGGCGGCUGGACUCGGUUCCCUUAUCUGUCACUAGCCAUCAGAGCGACCAGACUCAAAUCUCUAGCACAGAUGGUUACGACUUUUAUGAUACUGACGCCCUGCAAGCUAUAGAUGUGCCCGAGCCAAGGAAAAAGGAGCAACAGCCCCUGGACUACGGCCCCCGCACCCCGAAUAGCCGGCGAACUAUCAGACACGACUCGGAUGACAGUUUCGCUCAGAUCUUCUCCAUGUCGGAGAGCAGUAAGCAGACGUCUGGAUUGACGGCGUCUUCUGAAGGGGGCGCCUCUGCAAGGUCUGUCACGAGCUAUCCGGUGCAGCUGCAGCCAGGCCCGGUUGACGAGCAGGGCGAGUACGAAAGUCGUAUUCGUGGCAGAGAGAUCGAGGAUUCACCCGAGCAUGGAGCUCUGGAGGCACUGAACGGACCUGGCAACAGCGCGCCGAAGGAAUCACCAGAAGAGAUCUUCAUGAUCUCGCAGACGACCAUGGCCUCCGACACCGCGACAGACGAACCAUCGCAGUCACAAAUUGACUCCCUCCCACCGACAUUCGAAGACCACGCACCACUCCACAUGGGCGUAUCCGCUUCGUGCCUGCCCAAGAUCAGUCCAGCACUGCAACACGAUUCCACACCCAAUAUUCUCGAGUCCGACUAUCUUCCAUGGCCCGAAGAUCCGUCCUACCCACACCCUCUCGCCACGAAAGAAACACCAGACACAUCGCCUCCCCUCAACCCAUACACUCUCCUCACCCGCGCUCUAGACUUCGAAACCCGCACCUCGGCCCUCAACGCCUCAGCAAUGGUCCUCCUCCUCAAACCCCUCAUGCCAGACUCCGUCAUCGACCCCUUCCGCGCGACGUCCAUCCUCCGCCAACACCACACCCGUCUAAUGGGCAUGAAACUCUUCAUCGAAGCAGCCCUCCUCCGCAAACUCUGCGUCCAGGGCUGGCCAGAGGGCAUCCCCGAAUGGGGCGACAACUACACCUCCAUCUUCGGCCCCGCCCAGCAGGGCGUCAAGGGCGGCUUCAUGUGCCCCAGCUGCCGCAAGCCGCGCGAGCUCGACCCCAAACUCGGCUCCAAGGCCCUCUGGAAAUGCGAGCGCUGCCGCGCCGCCAUGGCGCCCUGCGCCGUAUGCGGCCACCGCGAAACGACGGCCACCGUGUCCCGCAUCCCCGAGGGGGCGCUUCUGCCGCACCACGUCGCGGAUCCCGUCAUGAGCGUGUGGUGGUACUGUCCCGGCUGCGCGCACGGCGGCCACGCCACCUGUCUCCAAGACUGGCACGCGCCCUCCGAGAACGGCGCCUACGAGCUGAGCGACGGCUGCUGUCCCCUCGACGGCUGCGGACACGCCUGUCUACCCGGAAAGUGGCGCGAAGAAAAGAACAUGGCGAGGUCGGACGAGGUCGGCCGCGCGGCGGUCGAGAAGGCCCGGCUGGGAGGCAGCGUCGCCGGGAGCAAACCGCAGAGCCCCGUCAUCCAGCCCAACAUCCGCGGGGACAAGGACGAGGUCCCGCAGAGCAGGGCGGUGGAGAGCGUGCGGGAGACGUUGGCCUCGAACGCGCCCACGGCGGGUAUUCUGAGCUCCAGCCCCGGGAGCAGGGGCGGGGAGAGGGAGAGGAGGAAGAGCGUCAAGUUCGUGCCGACGGAGCGCUAG